GUUCAGAGCGUAGGAAUUUAACCUUCAAUUAAAAAACACUGGGUCGACGAACAUAUCCCAGAGAUGUAUACUUGGCGUAUGAGGAGAGUUUUCAUGAACAUGAAAAUCUUUGUCAUCUUUUUGCUGACUUUUCCUCAUGUCUCAAGAUCAGUAAAUCUUGGAAACGCUUGCCAAAAUAUGUGGAACAAUGCUGGAAAUAACUUGGAUAUUCCUACAGAAUUAACGGUUAAUGCGGUCAACAAUGCAAACCCGUUGUUCACCGUGGUUCAAGGAGGAGGAGGAGUUGCAAAACUCGCUUCUAACGUGUUUACCCGAUUUGAAGACAUAUUGGUCGAUUACCAAGCAGUGCCGUUUGUUCUCAAUCAGCAACAUGUAAAUGACUUCAUAACUGCGGUAACCCAACCAGGAGGACCUAUGGAGGCUGCACUCAAUUAUUUAUUAGGUCAGCCAGGAUCAUUGCCUCAAGGCGUGACAACCCUAGAACAGUUCAGAUGCGUCAUAGAGAAAUUAUGGUUUCGAAACAGCAAUGGCUUUAAACAUGUUUUUGUUGGAAAUCAAAUGCCCAACAACAACAAUUACAAUGGAUUUCACAACUGGUACCAGUUCCUCCUUGAGCAACGAAGAAACCCUGCCCGGACGACGCACAUCGCUUUCAAUCAGCCGGCUUUCGUGGGAAACACACUGCCAAAGUUUUUGCGUCGGCUAUCAUUUAGAUGGAGAGGGGCGACCAAAGUACCACUGGGCAGCAGCAGCAGCAUGUUCGUUGGAACCAGCCCAGCAUUUGAUUUGGCCAUGUUUACUGCUUGUGUAUUGAGGGGACGUGCGCCAGGAGGAGGAGCAAUACAAUGGAAUGGCAAAAGAAAAACAGACUGUGAAUGCAACAUCCACGUACCGGCCGGAGGGCUACAGCAGAGCCUGGUAGAAUUUAGGACCGUCGAGAACCCACAGAAUGGAUGGGUCGUCACCGCCUAUCCAAGAAACGUUCAAUAGAUGAACCAGCCCAGCAUUUAAUCUGGCCAUGUUUACUGCUUGUUCUGUGAGGGGACGUGCACCCGGAGGAGGAGUAAUAGGAGGAAAUGGCAAUAGAGUAAUAGACUGCGAAUGAAACUUUCACUCCGACGGAGGGUUACCGCAGAGCCUGGUAU